AGCCUCUCCCUGCUUUACUUUGCUCCAUCUAAUCCGCUGCGAGCAGAUCGCAAUGGAAGCAGCGGCUGCCGGCGCCGGCGGGCUGGAGGUGGUGGUGUUCCGGUGGCUGGCGUUCGGCCACAUGAUCCCCUUCCUGGAGCUCUCCAAGCGCCUCGCGGCCAGGGGCCACGCCGUGGCCUUCGUGUCCACGCCCUGGAAUCUCGCCAGGCUCCCGCCCGUGCCGGCCGGCCUGUCCUCCCGCCUCCGGUUCGUGCCGCUGCCGCUACCGGCCGUGGAGGGGCUGCCGGAGGGCGCCGAGGCCACAUCUGACCUGCCGCCCGACAAGGUCGGGCUCCUCAAGCAGGCCAUGGACGGCCUCGCCGACCCACUCGCGGCAUUCCUCGCCGCCGGAAGGAGGCCCGACUGGAUCAUCCACGACUUCUGCCACCACUGGGUACUGCCCAUCGCCGGCCAGCUCAAGGUGGCAUCCGCGACGUUCCUCAUCUUCCAGGCCGCCUUCUUGGUCUUCGUGGGGCCGCGGUGGGCAAACCCCGCACACCCGCGCACGGAGCCGGAGCACUUCCCCGAGCCACCCAGGAUCCAUAAUAUAUACACGACGUGCCUCUUUGUCGAUGACGUACAUGAUGUAUCGGCCGAUGGAUGCAUAGGAAAGAUAAAUCUACAAGUGGAGCUAUUAGAAACAACAAUAAACCAUGAUAACAAUGUACAAAAUACUUUACUUAUCUUGUUGCACGAUGAGAUGUCGUUGUCCAUUCCAGGCCGGCUAUCAAAUAAUGUUGCCAAUGUUUGGAUAGUUUCCUUCUCGCAAAACUUCUGACCUCGUGUUGACUCUAACAUCAUGUACUAAGUAAAAAAAGAAA